UCUGACGUUACCAAGCGAAACUGAAUAUCUAUUAGGUCGUUGAGCGAAAGACGAUUCCUCCGCUACAUCCGCAUGUUAUGUUAUGGUCAUGGUGGAUGAGGAUCUCGAUGAUUAUGAGUCCCUGCCCGAUAGUAGUCCACUGCCACAACAUAUGCUUGCAGGUGCAUGUGCAGGUGUAAUGGAGCAUAUCGUCAUGUAUCCUGUCGAUUGUGUCAAAACUAGAAUGCAGUGUCUGAUGCCUGUUGGUAGUUCUAAUUGCCCAGGUUUACUAACUGGUGUGUAUCGUCUCAUACUUCAGGAAGGAGUAUCAGGAACCUUAAAAGGUAGUGGUGCAGUGAUUUGGGGUGCUGGUCCAGCACAUGCUGUUUAUUUCGGAUGUUAUGAAAAAAUGAAGUCGUCUUUAGCUACAGCUCCUAUUGGAUCGACACAUGUAAAUCAUAUGAUAGCUGGAACUUGUGCAACUUUGCUGCACGAUGCUGUCAUGACUCCUGCAGAUGCUGUGAAACAACGUCUGCAAAUUUAUAAUAGUCCUUAUCACAACAGUCUUGAUUGUCUUCGUCGAGUAUGUUUAACAGAAGGACCCAGUGUAUUGUACAGAGCUUAUUUUACACAAUUAUCCAUGAAUAUACCUUACCAGACAAUUCAUUUUGUUUGUUAUGAGCAUGUUCAGAGUUUAAUAAAUCCCAGUCGUCAGUAUCUACCUUGGACUCAUGUUGUAUCCGGAGGUAUAGCUGGUUGUUUUGCUGCCGCCUUCACAAAUCCCUUAGAUGUUUGCAAAACUUUAUUGAAUACACAGGAUCGAUGUCUUUCAAAUAAUGUAUGUUUUACUCAUUGUACACAAUCAUCUAAACCUGAACUCCGAGGAUUAUUCAGUGCAGCAAUGUAUAUAUAUCGAAUAAUUGGUUUAAGAGGAUUCACUAGAGGUAUAAGUGCACGUAUCUUAACAGCUGUUCCUGGCACUGCUUUAUCUUGGUCAGUUUAUGAAUAUUUUAAAUGGCGAUUAAAACAACCAAUCACAACUUUAGGAUCUGAUUUCACUGGACCUAAUAGUAGUAGUGGCAGUGGUAUUACUAGUAGUAAUAGUGUUCAUAAGAUUGAGAUUUCACCGAUAGAAACAUUGUGUGUAACUGCCAGUUCUAAAUAGAUUCUUGAUUGCAUUGAUUUCACAUGUACAAUAACAAUAAGUAAACAACACUACAAAUCGAUGGAUGAUCAAGUUUGCAUGAAUAAAAAAAAACCCAACACACUAGACAAGUCAAUUAAUUGUAUCACUAUUGCUACAUGGUAAAUUUUUAAAAUUCUCCAUACUUUUUAUCCAGUCGCGCUUCCUGUGAUGAUGAUGAUGAUGACAAUAAUCAUAGUCAAGUAUCCAUCAACAAAACAACUAAUUUACAGAAACAAUUGUUUAGUUCACAUAAAAAAAUAUCCUUACUUUAUAUCCCGUACACAUGAAACUUUGUAUAGAAAAACAAUUAAUUAUCUUUUUACAUUUAUCUUUCUUGCGCUUCUUUCUUCUUCUAUCUAUCUUCUUCUUAUUCACCAUGCUUUUUAGCCUUCAUCAUAUGUACAAAUUACAUCCAUUUUUGGUUAAUUUCUUUCCAUUUUUAUUUGUAUAUUGGUUGGCUGGUUGGUUUGUUUGUUUGUUCAUCGCAGAGAGAUGGGUCAGUGGAGUAGAAGUAUGUUUUUGUGAUUAUUAUUAUUAUUAUUCUUAUUACUAUACAUAUAUAUAUAGACGAUGUAGACAUUUUUUUGACCUCUCUUUUUUGUCACAUAACAUAAGCCAUAGAAUGAAUGUUGACCAAUCAGUCAAUCCAGUCAGUCAGAGUGUUGUAGUUAGUUGUCCGCAAGUACGUUUUACUUGAAAAUAUUAUUGAACCUGUAGUACUGUACUACAUUUGGUCACUACAUUGGUCUCAUAUUCUAUGAUAUUUGCAUUAACUAAACUACAGAUUAUUAUUACUGCUACUAGUCAAUGAUAUAUAUAAUUAACAAUGUUUCUUGUUGUGUGUAUUAAUAAUACUCUAACUAAAAAAACUGAAUGUAUGUAAAUGAAGUUAAUUUGUGUUAUAAAUAAAUACUAUUUGAUUUGCA